AUGUUCUAUCAACCGGGAGUGACAGAGCACAAUCUUCCCCACGAUCCGUUCAAGAACAAAGAGGGCCAAGCCAAUCUGGCGCCCUACUCCCAAUUCUACAAUCUCACGUUCGACCCGCCGUACGUGAUGUUCUCGUCUAACCAGACGGUGGAGGGCACACGUAAGGAUACGGUGGUCAACGCGGAGCAGACCGGACGGUUCGUCUGGAACUUGGCCACGUGGGACCUUCGCGAGGCCGUCAAUAUCUCGGUGGAGCAAGUACCCUAUGGGGUAGACGAGUUUGAGCGUGCCAAGGUAACCAAGGAACCGGCAACUUUGAUGGAUGUCCCAAUGGUGCAGGAAUCACCGGUGAAAUUCGAGUGCGAAUAUCACUCCACCGUGCGGCUACCCGACAAUCCUCCGAUGGGCACCGUGGACGUGGUGAUCGGCAGGGUGAUCGCUGUGCAUAUCAAGGACGAAGUGCUGACGGGCGGGAUUCUGGAUAUCAAAAAGACCAAGCCGAUUGCGCGCUGUGCAUACUACCAGUACACGGUGGUGACAGAGAUCUUUGAAAUGGUGAUCCCCGGCAUGUCCGAGGACGUCCUAUACGGGUUAGAGGGGAGUUCGAAGCGCAAUCGUGAGGCCGAAACGCGGAACCUGUGA